UCCUCCCGCUUUUGUGCGCCGCCCCGCGCCGCCCCGCGCCCCGCUGCUGCCGCCGCCGCUGCUGCUGGUGCUGGUGGUGCCGCCGCGCCGGUCCGCGCCGAGCCGCGCUUAGCCGAGCCGUGCCCAGCCGUGCCCGGGCGGGCGGGCGGUGCUCGGCGCUGGGCCCGCGGUGCUGCGAGCCGCCGGGCAUGGCGCUGCGCCGGUAGCCGCGCCGCCGGACGGGGGUGGAUGCUCGAGAGUGGAGGAUAAGGUACAAGUGUCUGGGACCAGUGGAAUGGAGGCCUGAUGUAGAUGGAAAGAUGGAUGCAGAAGAAGCUCUGAACUCUAUUAUGAAGGAUUUGGCAGCGUUGGGCAAAUGUGGGGGGCUGCUAGACAACAACAGGAAUAAAAACAGUGUCCACUCCGGCAAACAGCAGCGGAAUGUCAGGAUCAAGUUUGAAUAUGAGGGAGAGAAAAGGAUUAUCCAGUUUCCAAGACCAGUCAAAUUCAAAGAAGUGGUGCAGAAAGUCACGGAUGCUUUUGGACAGACGAUGGACUUAGUCUGCGUGAAUAACGAGCUCCUGAUCCCCCUGAAAUCCCAGGAAGAUUUGGACAAAGCGAUGGAACACUUGGAGCUAAGCCCUUCCCUGAAGAGCCUGCGGAUCAUUGUGAGCGCUCCAAAGAAAGCGAAUCUCCUGCAGCCGAACAACAGUAAACAGCAUGAAAUGAGGAUCUCCAGAUCCAUGGGCGAUAUCAUGGGAUCCUUGUACAAAGACUCUGAGAGGACGCGGAAGUAUUCCACAGGCUCUCUGCACACCGGCCGGAGCUCGCCGCCGCCGGGCAGCGUUCCCGAAGAGCAGCAGCAGAUCGCUCGCCAGGGCUCCUACACCAGCAUCAACAGCGAGGGCGAGUUCAUCCCCGAGACCAUGGACCAGAACAUGCUCGAAGCUUUCAUCAGCCUGGACGAGUCGCUGUCUGGGAGCUGCCAGUCGCUGGACAGACCUGUGGACAGCCCUCCCUUCUCCCAAACCCCUGUUCCUGGAAGGAAGAGCCAUCCCAAAGACAGUCUCGAUUGCAUGGAUUUCGACAUCCCGUUCUGUGAGAGGUUUGGGAAAGGUGGGACCUUCCCUCGGCAAUACCACCUCUCCCAGAGUCGCAAGGACUACAGCGAUGGCCGGAGGACUUUCCCCAGGAGUUAUUUCCCACAGGAGAACUUGUUUCAACUUGUCCCUUCUAGCCGAACCAAGAGCUUUAAUGGGGACAGUAAGCUCAGCACCUUGCAGUAUGACGAGUACAGACCCAAAUGGUGGAACAAUUGUGAAAAAGGUCUGCAGGUCUUCAGCACCUCCCCUACUAAAGCUAGGAACUCUCUACAAGCACCUGUGAACUGGAGGCUGGGGAAGCUGCUUGGAAGAGGAGCUUUUGGGGAAGUUUAUCUCUGCUAUGACGCUGACACUGGCCGGGAGCUGUCGGUGAAGCAGGUGCCUUUUGACCCUGACAGUCAAGAGACAAGUAAAGAGGUAAAUGCCUUAGAAUGUGAGAUUCAGCUGCUGAAGACUCUCCGGCACGACAGGAUAGUGCAGUACUAUGGGUGCUUACGGGACCCUGAGGAGAGGAAGCUGUCUAUCUUUGUCGAAUACAUGCCAGGGGGUUCAAUAAAGGACCAACUCAAAGCUUACGGUGCUCUGACAGAGAACGUCACCCGGAAGUACACCAGGCAGAUCCUGCAGGGAGUCUUCUACUUGCACAGCAAUAUGAUUGUCCACAGGGACAUUAAAGGUGCCAAUAUUUUGAGAGAUUCUGCUGGAAAUGUGAAACUAGGAGAUUUUGGAGCCAGCAAACGCAUUCAGACCAUCUGCAUGUCUGGGACUGGGAUUAAAUCUGUCACGGGAACACCAUACUGGAUGAGCCCGGAGGUUAUCAGUGGAGAAGGCUAUGGAAGGAAAGCUGACGUGUGGAGCGUGGCCUGUACCGUGGUGGAGAUGUUAACGGAAAAGCCGCCAUGGGCAGAGUUCGAAGCAAUGGCGGCUAUUUUUAAAAUCGCGACGCAGCCGACCAACCCCCAGCUCCCCGAUGGCGUCUCGAACUCCUGCCGCAACUUUCUCAAGCAGAUCUUUGUGGAGGAGAAGCGGAGGCCCACGGCCGAAGACCUGCUGAGACACCCCUUCGUCAACUGUGGGCUCUAACCCCCGGGCGGUGGGGAUGGGGAAACGCCGGCGGGAGGGGGGCGGCCACCAGACCCAUGGCCCUUUGCACUCUGCAGAUCAGACCUCAGCCUUGGGCUGUUCCUCACGGCGGCCCCGCAGGUCCCAUCUCGCCUCCUUGUCAGCUCGGCGGCCGCUGUGAUGUUUGAUUUCGAAGCUGCACUUGGGACCAUCGGAGCCUGGAGAUGGUGGCCACCACUGGCUGCCAAGGAUUCAGAACGACGGAGUUCCCUGACACCCCAUCUGUGCAGGUGCCGGCCUCAGACCAAGUAACCUUGCUGUCAACAGGUGCCGAGAGGUUCCCCAUUUGCCAUGUUACUUAUCCCAUGGGAAAGUGAGGCAAAUGGGAUGUGUCACCCCCAGCACGACAGCGACGCUGACAGCAUCCCCAGGACCAGAGGAGGAGAAAGAUGCUCAGUGGCAAGCGCUGCCUUUCGCCGAGGAACGGACACAGGCAUCAGCCACGCUGGAGGAGAUAAUCCUCAGACCACGGAGUCGGGGGGAUGUUCCCCGCUGAGAAGGGGAAGGGAACCCUCCUGGAGGUAGCAAGGAGUUGGGAGACCAGCCAGCAUCUCCAGGGGGCUACACUUAAUACUGUUCUGUGCCUUAAGCGGUUACAAUCAAGGAACGAUGCUCGACUCGGCACAAAGUAUGGAGUCGGGCGCAAUUAUGCAGCAGCCAAGUUGACUUUGCCUGUGUGUGUGUGCGUGUGUGUGUGUGUGCGCGCAACAGUCUGAAAGAGGGGUUCUUCUCGAGACGUGGGAAGUCUCCGUAGGGUACGCCUGCUGAUGGUUCCUGAGGACCUCUGGUGUGCGGUGGGUAAGGAUGCUUAAAUGAUGUUGAUGCCUGCGCCAUGCAGAGCUGAGCACAAGCUAAUCCUUCAUCCUUUCCCCAUUGAAACCAUGGGAGUUUUGGCAGGAGCUAGAGGGGGUCUUUAUGAGGGCAACUCUGUGCUCGUAGUCCUAGCGCUGAUAACCCGGGCCCGGUUCUGCUGUGCUGCUAACGUGGGGCUGGAGCUGUGCUGCCGUGCUUUAGGAACGGGUUCUGCGGGAGGAGCGUAGCUGGGCCAGGGCGAUGCACUGGGGACGGGCUCCAUAACCAUGAAGCCUCCACAUGGGACGUCGGAGAUGCCUAGCUUGAGGGCAGCUCAAAGCAUGUGCUUAAAGUUGCCUCAUUUUAUACAGUGUGGAACGGGGAAAGGUCAAAGCACAGCUGGGCCGAAGUCUCUCUGGCCAACGUGAACCUGCCAACAGACCUGGGGGCAAGCAGAGAGACCCUGGAAGCCAGUUGCUUCAUUAGAUAUUGCUCAUUUGGGGCAAAUUAAUUGCACCAUCCCACCUCCCGUUUCCACGCUGCAUUAGCCGUUUCCACGCGGCUUGGCAGAGGUUAAAUAAGCACUUAACAGGGUGGUGCCAGCUUCAGGCUGGCAAACGCAGGUUUAUUUUUUCAUUGAGAGCAAAAAGUGUUGCUUGGAGUGAAGGGGAAGCUGAGAACGUGGCCAGUCGUGUGAUUUUGCACAUCGUCGAAGUGGGCCUUUGCGCUGGCGGGGAGACGGCAGGAGCCUUUCCUUGUCCAGACCGAUGUGGCCCAGAGAGUAGAAAAGAAGCAAAAACUCUGGACGCAGGUUAAUUAGAGUUGUUUCAGUGAAAAAAGCAAAGAGGGGUGGUGUUAGGGGAAAAACUAAUAGGGUGAAUGCAUAAAAAUAUUCCUGUAAGUUUUUCUGCAAAGCUGGGGGGGCUGGUCAGCAUCGGGGCCAAAUUUCGGGGAAGCCAAGGACAGCGCCAGCGGGGCGACACCAGGAUUUUUGUGCCUGUGGACCAAAACAGUGCCGGGUCUCCUCUGGAGGCCUUCCGGGAGGAAAUACGGAAUAUUAUCCUAUAAAUGGGACCAAAUCCAUCAAGUCUGUUCAGUUCUAUGGGGCAGAUAGAGAAAACGGGGCGGGGGGGGGGAGCACUUAGCUGAUGAGGGUUUUGUCAGAAGAGGGUAAAAGAAGGCGUUUUCACACCAAAAAAAAAAAGGUUUUAGGCUGCUUUUCCCCUUCCACUGAAUCUGCUUGGGUUUUAUAUUCUCAGCCUGGGUUUCCCCUGCCAAAGAGCUGAGAACAAAUUAGCUUCUCCCCGCCUCGUGAGCCGUCCGGCCGCAUCUCGGUGCGGCUCCUCUCCACCCGGUGCGUGUGUGUGCGUGUGUGUGCGACUCGCUCCUCAGGUGCCUUUGCCCUUUUUUUUUUUUUUUUUUUUUAAAAAAAAAAGCCCUUGCAGUGUUCUGAUGUACAAAAUGAAGCUAGGGAAAGAGAAUGUAAUAUUAUGCCAUGUAAAUUUUUUUUUUUAAAGAGAAUUUUCUUACCUAGCGUUUCUCUGGAAGCGGGAGAGGCGCCUCCCCCCCGUGCGGCCUGUGUCAUUACCCCCGUGCAACCCCGCGGCGCGCGACGAGGCCGGCGGCCCGCUGCCUUGCGUGACCGCGCCGGCGGCUCGACGAGCGCAAUUAAGCUAACGAUGGAUGGGUCUGACUAGAAAUAAUGAAGCUGUUCGGUUCUUGGA